CGUAUCGCUCCCCCUCUUCCUCUCUCUUCUGGAGAUUAGGGUUAGCGCCGCCGCCGCCGCCCUCUCUUUGGCCGCCGGCGCACUUUCGCGUCGCCCCCCGCAGCCGCCCCACUCACCCCCGCUGAAUCUCCCUUGCGUCCCCUCGCCGCCGCCCCCCUAUCCGUUUCUCCCCGCCGCCGCUGCCCUUCGCAGAUCCGCCGCCCGAGUUCUAGCUCGGACCACCUCGUCGCCGAAGCUGCUCCGUACGGAUCGCCGUCCACCUUCGUCAAGCUCCUCCCGAACGCACCGGGACCUACUCCUCCAAAGGCUCGUGCCCUCUGCACCUCAGAUUUCCACCGAGUCGCCCCCCGCACUGAUCUGGAGGUUUAUUAGAAGAAAAGAGGGAAUCAUACAUGGAUAUCAUGCAGACAAGUGACUCUUCACAUCAUGGAAUUGUAGAAAACAGCCCUUAUAGAAUUCCCUAUGAUAGACAUGUGGAAGGUGGCCAACUUGGCGCUUCAUGGUAUUUUAGUAGAAAAGAAAUAGAGGAGAAUUCCCUUUCAAGGAGAGAUGGGAUUGAUCUGAAGAAGGAAUCUUACCUUCGCAAGUCAUACUGCACUUUCCUUCAGGAUUUUGGGAUGAGGCUUAAAGUGCCUCAAGUGACAAUUGCUACAGCUAUAGUAUUCUGUCAUCGUUUCUUUCUCCGUCAAUCUCAUGCCAAAAAUGAUAGACGGACGAUAGCCACAGUUUGCAUGUUCUUGGCGGGCAAAGUUGAAGAAACACCCAGACCCCUGAAGGAUGUCAUACUCAUUUCUUACGAGAUCAUACACAAAAAGGAUCCUGCUGCAGUCGCUCGAAUUAAGCAGAAGGAAGUGUAUGAACAACAGAAGGAACUUCUUUUAAUUGGGGAGCGAGCUGUGCUUGUAACACUUGGUUUUGACCUGAAUGUGCACCACCCGUACAAGCCCUUGGUUGAAGCAAUAAAAAAAUUCAAGGUUGCUCAAAAUGCACUUGCUCAAGUUGCCUGGAAUUUUGUCAACGAUGGGCUACGAACUUCGCUCUGCCUGCAAUUUAAGCCCCAUCAUAUUGCGGCCGGGGCAAUCUUCCUUGCUGCGAAGUUCCUCAAAGUCAAGCUUCCAGCAGAUGGCGAGAAGGUCUGGUGGCAAGAGUUUGAUGUAACUCCACGGCAGUUGGAAGAGGUUAGCAACCAAAUGUUGGAGCUCUACGAGCAAAACCGUGUUGGCCCACCACCAUCGCAAGGGAAUGACACUGAAGGCAGCUCCGUAAGUAUGGCUAUUCAGCGUACUCCUGGGAAAGCUGCUAGUGCUGUUGAGGACCCUCCUGCUCAUGAAAGUCAUCAAACACCCAGACAGUCGAGCAUGCCAGGCCGUCAUGGAUAUGACCACCCUCACCCUGAAAAACAAAACUCAAACCAGAGGAUACCCCAGAAUGAAGGAAGGGAUGGUAGUGCCAAUAGCAGUGAAGGCGCCAAUAUGUCAUCGUCAAUGAUGGAUGCAAUGAAGAAGAUAGACAAGGACAAGGUGAAAGCUGCGCUCGAGAAACGGAGGAAAUCAAAAGGUGAUGCUGGCAGGAAGGUUGACUUCAUGGAUGAUGAUGACUUAAUUGAGAGGGAGCUGGAACAUGGAGUGGAAUUGGCAGCAGAGGAUGAUAAAAAGCAUGACAGAAGGCCACAUCCCUCGCACCGGGAGGAUCAUCAGAACAUGGCCCGCCCGGCAGAGAACACUGAAGAGGGCGAGCUGUCCAUGGACAGUCAGGAAUAUCGUUCUCCUGAGCUUGACAACCGAAAGAGGAAGGACACCCACGAGCACAGGAACUAUGACCGCGGCGAGAGGGACCUCAAAAGGCUAAGGUCAUGAAAGCAAGCAUUCAUCGUCGUCACCCUGGGGAGUGCGAUCAGCAGAGCAGUGGCGCCGUCUUACGAAACGCGUGUGAAACCUAAUUUUUUCCAUCGCGGGAGCACUCUAUAAGCCUAUUUGCUAUGUUGGGAGAUUUGAACUGUAAUGUACUGUAGAUUGAGAAAGAUUGUUUCCCCCAGGGAGUGUAUACAUGCUCCGGCGAUAAUAUUAUUAUGAAACAUUGUUUAGCAGGUUCGUA